UCUUUUUUGCAGCAAUGUGGCAUAAUGUAGGUAAUCAAAUUUGCUGUAAAUGUUAUCGGUUACAUCGUAUAAUAUUAACAUAUCGAAAGAGCUGGCUAUUUCUGAAAUGUCACAUGGGAGAAAAAAUUCUCCGAUAAGAAGUUGCAACAACAAAUCAGCAAUAUUGAUAACAGAAAGCUGCUGAUCUUCCGAUGCUUGAUGAUCAUGUGACAUAACGAGUCGCCGGUCGCCCUCGUUGAUUCGACAGUUUAGACUUGUGUGCCGUCACAUGAGCGUCAUCGUUCUGGUCCAGUGAGUAAAGUCCAAUCGAGGUUAACUUUCAUCCGGAUUUAAAUAUAAUCGAGGGGAUCGCGAGAGAAUAUUGCAUUAAAUGGCUCUUACAACGAGGCUGAUCGCAACUACCGCAAACUUGAGGAAUACUUGUAAUUCUUUAUCAAUGGCUAUAAGAUCUGCAAGUUCAUGGUGGUCUCAAGUAGAGAUGGGACCACCAGAUGCUAUUUUGGGAGUUACAGAGGCAUAUAAGAGAGAUCAGAAUCCUAAGAAAAUUAACCUAGGUGCAGGCGCUUAUAGAGAUGAUAAUGGUAAACCAUUUGUUCUUCCUAGUGUCCGUAAGGCAGAAGAAAAGAUAAAAAUUAAACAAAUGGACAAAGAAUAUUCUACAAUUGCUGGUAAUGCUGAGUUCUGUCAACACAGUAUUAAUCUAGCUUUAGGAGAUGGUAAUGAAGUCAUAACAAAUGGAUUGAAUGCCACAGUUCAAGGAAUCUCUGGCACUGGUUCUUUAUUUGUUGGUGCACAAUUUCUUUCUCAUUAUUUCCCAGGCAAUAAAGACAUAUAUCUUCCAAUUCCUUCCUGGGGAAAUCACCGCCCUCUGUUUAAUCUUGCUGGACUUACGGUUAAAUCGUAUCGUUAUUAUGAUCCAAAGACCUGUGGUUUGGAUUUUCAAGGAGCAAUGGAAGAUAUAUCUAACAUUCCUGAGAGAUCGAUUAUCCUUCUGCAUGCUUGUGCUCACAAUCCGACUGGCGUCGAUCCAAAACCGGAACAGUGGUCAGAAUUAUCUGUUUUGAUUAAGAAGAAAAAUCUUUUUCCAUUUUUUGACAUGGCAUAUCAAGGCUUUGCCUCAGGAGACCUCACGAGGGAUGCUUCGGCGGUUAGACUGUUCAUUAAGGACGGUCAUAAAAUUGCUUUAGCUCAAUCUUACGCGAAGAAUAUGGGCUUAUACGGAGAACGUAUCGGAGCAUUCAGUUUGGUGUGUGAUACUAAGGAAGAAGCCGCACGAUGUAUGUCGCAAAUAAAGAUUCUGAUCAGACCGAUGUACUCGAAUCCACCGAUCAAUGGCGCCAGGAUCGUGAAUGAGAUCCUGAGCGAUUCAGAGCUAAGAAAGGAAUGGUUGCACGAUGUGAAAGGUAUGGCUGAUCGCAUUAUCUCGGUUCGCACAAAGUUACGCGAUAAUUUGAAGAAGAACGGCAGUACCCGCAAUUGGUCGCACAUUACUGAUCAAAUCGGCAUGUUCUGUUACACCGGUCUUAAACCGGACGAGGUGGAGAGACUCACAAAAGAUUUUAGCAUUUAUUUGACGAAGGACGGUCGAAUUUCCAUGGCUGGUGUGACGUCGAAGAACGUGGAAUACUUAGCACACGCCAUGCACGAAGUUACGAAGUAACUCGCAGCAUGCACAUCGUUGAUUCGCAUCAUCGAAGUCGCCUUAUAAUGCCUGAUAAUGCAGAGAUCUACAGAUCUAUUUUACAGUUUAUACGUGACGUGACUAAUAGCAUUUAAUAUUGAAAUCGCGAAUAUAGGAAACGCUUCGAGA